GUGCUACUUUUGUUCCUUGUCAAUUUUACACUACCCAAAUGUACGAAAAAAAUGUUGUUGGAACCGCUAAUGCCUUCGCCGGUGGUUGGGGUAAUUUAGGUGGUGGUCUUACUUAUAUAUUAAUGCCUUUGGUAUUUGAUGGUAUAAACGCGAGUAUUGGAAACCCGAGCAUUACAUGGCGUGUCUCUCUAGUCAUUCCUGCUGGUCUUUGCAUAACCAUCGCAAUAUUUAAUUUAAUUUUUGCUGAUGACUAUCCUGGUGGUGAUUGGAUUAAGCGAAAAGAUUCUUUAACUGGUGUACAUGGUGCAAAUGGUCAUGUUGAAGAAAAAGUCGCUGAAGUUCAUGAAGCCAAUGAUAAAAAGAAAAUCGAUAAUUAUGUUGUUGAUGAUGUUAUUAAACCCAAAGAAAAUAAGAAAUUAAAGGAAUUAGGGAGAGCAUUUGUCAAUCCACAUGUUCUAAUCAUGAUGAUGCAAUAUGCAUGCACUUUUGGUGUCGAAUUGGCCGUAGAUGGUGUUAUUGGUGAAAUCUUUAUUCAUGAGUUUCAACUUCCAGUUACAAAUGGUAAUUUUAUUGGUGCUAUUUUUGAAAGGUGGAACCAACUUACUAUAUUAGAACUGCCGGGAAAACCCGAUUUUUAUGAAUUAUCUAGUUUAACCGCAUUCAUUCAA